CAUGUGCAGUGGAGUGUUCAGCGUUGUAAAUAAACGAAAUCAUUUAUAUUUUACCUUUAAAAGGGAAGGUUUUCAACUUGCUUACUUCAUUAAAACUUGUUUUAGUUUUGCGGUUUUUGGCCGACUGGUGUUGUAUUUUAAUUAGUUGAAAAACUCGGUUGGCUAGGCGACUUUAUGAAGCGACAUACGACAGCAGCGAGAGGUCGAAAGUGGAAAGAAGCAAUGGAUUACAAUGUCACUCCUACGAUAUCCACAGAUUAUUUGCCCGAAGAAGACGAAGCUACAAGUUCAGUCAGAACAUCUCCCGAGUUGAAUGAAGAAAGAGAUUUGCCGAUGUCUGAAAUGACUCAACAUAAUAGCGGUUCGGUCGAAAGCUUGGAUUCAACAACAGAUAUUGGGUGCUCUCGGAUAUUAGGAGACAUUCAAGCUGGAUUACAAGCGGAUAUUAAUGCUGCCAAGGUAUUCUAAUCACACUGAUUUAAUAGCUCUAACCCCUUGUUCUCGUCAAUAAAUUUACUUG